AUGAGCCGGAACAAGAAGCCCUCACCCAUCAGUUGGGACGCUUAUGCCCGUGGCAGGACCUCGAGCUCUGGCUCCGUCGACUCCAUCCCCGAGAACGGCCAACCUGCCACGUUGUCCGCCUCCGCACCUCGCAACAUCCCCGAUGGUGGAGAAGGCGAAGGUACCUUGAGAAGGCGAUCUUCCAUCACAGCAAGAUUCAAUUCCGUGAGACAGAUGGGUGGUGUCAAUAGCAUGGACAAUUUUGCGCGCUCCUGGCAGCGAGCUGCUGGCUUUCGAGAGAUCACGCCGGUGCGGAGGAGCUCUGUAUCUAUGCAGCAGGGAGACGGACCGGAAGAUGGACUGCCCCAGACGGAUGGUCCGUCUCAGACCAAGUCUCUGCUCAGACAACAAUUUGAAGCUGCCGGCGGCCAUGGUCAACACGAGUCGGCCGUUCAGGAGACAAACGGCGAGCAAGCCUCCACGAACGAAAGGACUCGGCUACUACAGCCAUCUACGAAGCCGUCAAUAGGAGACUCUCUACGUAUACGCGCCAGUGUGGCAGGUUCUAGCUUUGGGCAAAGCUACGGGAGCAUCUCCUCUCGACUGACUGCCACCGCACAGCGGCGUGCGUCCAUAUUGAUCGACCAGCGACGCGAAGCAAGCAUGCGAGCCCUUGAGGACGACGACUCGGAAUACAAAGCAGAGCUCGAACAACAACAUAUCGAGCAAGAAGUCCGACCCGACGGCGAAGUCAUCGAGCGCAUCUGCGGCGAGUCCACCAUGCCUCAGACCAUCUUCAACAGCGUCAAUGUCCUCAUCGGAGUCGGGAUCCUCGCCCUUCCACUGGCCGUCCGCCUCUCCGGCUGGGUCCUCGGCAUGAUCAUGCUGAUCUUGGCCGCCCUUGCUACCAACUAUACCGCCCGCCUCCUUGCCCGCUGUCUGGACACUAAUUCCGGUGCCACAACGUAUGGAGACAUCGCUUUCCUCGCCUUCGGCAGCAUUGGCCGCAACGCAGUCGAAGCUCUCUUCAUCCUCGAACUCACCGCCGCCAACGUCGCCUUAAUCAUCCUCUUUGGCGACACCAUGAACUCCCUGUUUCCCGACAUCACCAUCACGUCCUGGAAGUUCCUCCUCGCCCUUGGGCUCAUACCUCUGAACUUCGCCCCUUUCCGCAUUCUUUCUGUCACCUCCAUUCUCGGCAUAAUGUGCUGCCUCGGCAUCAUCCUAAUCGUCCUCACUGACGGUCUCAUCAAGCCCUACACUCCGGGCUCCUUGCGCGAAACGGCCGCCACCUACGCCUUUCCUGAAGACUGGCGUACUGUUCCCCUAUCCCUCGGCCUCUUCAUGGCCCCUUGGGGCGGCCACUCCGUCUUCCCUGCUAUCUACAAGGACAUGCGCCACCCAACGAAAUACCCUCGCGCUCUCCUCUACACCUACAUUGCCACCUACGGUCUCGACCUCGCUAUGGCGCUGCUCGGCUACCUCAUGUUCGGCGACGGCGUUCGCGACGAGGUCACUACGAACAUCCUCAAGGCCAAGUCCAAUGCAUACCCACACGCUCUCAAUGUUAUCAUCGUGGUGCUGAUCGCCAUCAUACCCAUUACCAAAAUUCCUUUGACGAACCGGCCCAUGACGGACACAGUCAAUAAAAAAUUCCUCAUCGAUCUGCGCCAGAUGGACCCCAAGGCGCGUCGGCACAGCGAGAAGUCCUGGAAGCACAACACUGCGCGAGCGGUCAUUGCCUGCUCUGCGAACAUUAUUCAGUUGGGAGUCGCAGUUCUAGUGCCGGAUUUUGACAGUAUCAUGGGCUUGAUGGGCAGUGCGCUGUGUUUUAGCAUUUGUGUGAUUAUGCCGGUGGCGUUCUACUUGAAGAUCUUCUCGAGGGAAGGAGAGGAGAUUCCGGGAUGGGAAAGAGUGGUUGGAUAUGUCUUAAUUGUCGUGUGUACGGUGUUGGGCGGAUUGGGGACUGUGUGGGCGGUGUUGCCGCGGGACAUGACUGGGAGGUGA